AUGGUCAAACCAUUAAGAAAUGUCUUCAAUUGCAAGUUAUUUGUACCACUGGCUUAUUUUCACAGUCGUGUGUACCCAAAUUCAAGUUGUCAUGUAUGGGGGUUAUCAGGUUAUCAAGUAUUGGUCCCUGAAGAGUUAGGUUCGAAGAUCAGGUUUAUCAUAACCCAUCAGUUCAAAUGGAUAUCCUCUGUGGAUUUAUUUUCCCGAAGACUUAUCCAUACAGAUUCAAGAUGA